UGAGUUUCUCAGGUUACCUCUUGUACUAUAUAAGUCUCGAAUUCCGCUUGACACCUCACACUUCUCACCAGUUAACUGAACACUCGACAUGUCCACGAGCCUCUUGGAAUUCUAUCAAUCCUCACUGAUUUUCUGGAGCCAUCUGAUCCAUAUAGUGCUGCAGUUCAUCCAGACCAACUGCUGGAAUCACAUCACACAGAAGGAGCAGCAGCAGGAGGAACUCAACGAACCCUGUGCCAUCUCAAAAACCAUGGACGCCUUCGUGGAGGAGCAGCAGAAGCGGGUGCAACGGAAGGCCCAGGAGUACGCCAAGGUGGAGCUACUGCAUCGCCUGCUCGUCCAGCAGCAACUGCGGGAACUGGAGCAGCGCCGACUCAUUCGAUUGGCUCUGGCCAGGAGGCGACUGGACUACUCCAAUUAGACUA